UCACUCCUAUUCAACUGCACGUCAUUUGGACAUGGUAAUCCUAAUUCACAGGUGGACAAUCAUUCAUAAAGCUAUUUGUGCUUCUGUGGUAAAGUUCGUCAGACUCGUUACGAUCGUGGAUCCGUGAGGAUCGCAAAAUGAAGCUUUCAACUUUGUGCUUGUUUGCUUGCCUUUUGUCUUUCUUAAUUGACUGUGGAACGGCUUUAAAAUGUCGAACGGGCAGUCAGCAAAGCGAUGAACAGUUCCGUAAGAUUAUGCAAACUUGCCGUAAGCGACACUUGGGUAACGCGAAACUUGAGAGGGAUUUUGCGACCUCGAGCGAAACUGAUAGCUCUGAGGAUGAUUCAGGAUCUGAUGAGAAUAUAUUUGAUAAGAAAUUUAUCUUUGGUCGUAAUGAAAGAAACGAAAGGAACUCUAGUGGCGUGGAUGACAAUACGAAAAACGGUAAUUUCAACGGUAUGCGGCAGAACAGACAAAAUUGGAAUAGCAAAUCAAUGGAUUAUAAUAAUACAAGCGAUACUGGUAAUAGAAUGCGAAAUUCUACUGGCAAUAUGAAUCAUAGAAAUUCAAUGAAUACUAGAAAAAUGGACAAUGAUCAGUUGCAUUCUUAUAAUAAUCAAAAGUACGAUGGUCGGCAUGAUCAAGCGUGCGUUAUACAGUGCUUCUUCAAUAAACUCGAUCUGGUCGACCAGAAAGGAUUUCCAGAACGUAUGGCAGUUACCAAUAUAAUGUCACAGAAUGUACAUGACCCGGAAUUACGUGAUUUCAUUGAAGAGUCUGUAGUGGAUUGUUUCCGUUAUCUUGAUAUGGAUAUGAAUAAAGAGAAGUGUCAAUUCUCUCAGAAUCUCUUGGGUUGUUUGGCUGACAAGGGACGAGAAAAAUGCGACGAUUGGGAAGAUGAGCAAGAAUAGCAGAUGACCCUCAAUUUCUUAUUUAGAAAUUAUUGGAUCAGAAAUUUUAACGAUUAUGGUUGUGGUAUUAUAAUUGUAUAGUUAGGGAUGUCUGGUACAUCUUUAAUUAUAGUAUAUAAGAAAUAUGUAUAUUAUAUUUUGAAAAAGUUUUUAAAAAUAAAAAUCCAGACAGGUA